CCACAGGUGAGGCUUUGAAGAACACACAUGGGCGACGGUGACCAGAUGAGAACCCCGGAAGAUGACAUUGGUGUCGGUUCGGAGGCUUGGGGAAGAAGGGAAAGCCAAGCCUGGGAGGGAGGAGGUCGGGAAGGCCAUAGCAGCCGCCCACCCCAAGAAGUCACAUGCGACUGGCCACCACAGGGGUACGAGUCCGAUGUCAUUCGAGUAAUAAAAGAAGAGGGAAUGGAUGGAGGAGCAGGACGCGAUGGUGAGAAAGGAGCCAUGGUUGUGGAGGAAAAAGUGGUGGUGGAAUACGAGAGGAGGCGGUUGACCUUUCGAACUCUCUUGGAGGAGGACGAAUUGGCACCCUUGUUUGAUGGCGCGUAUUGGCCUGGGACGAUGGUCUGGCCUGUCUCCUUGUGGACCGCCGAAUACUUGCACCGCACCUACCGGAGGGAGCUGAAGGGUGCCAGGGUCGUGGAGCUCGGCUGUGGGUGGUAG